CAGCAGCCGCUCGCACUACCCAGCUCCCGGCACCCGUUGAGGCGACACGAGCACGCCUGGCAGUGUAUGGCAUGUGUGCGGCUGGACGUCAGUAGAUGCCGAGAGACCCGACCAAGGCAGCCGGUGGUUACUGUCCCCACCCUCCAUGUGCAACUCCUGACCAGAGACAGCCACUGCCUAGGCUGGCCUGGGCUGUGCCACCUUCUCCUCAGGUUCUGAGAAGAGCUCCGAAGCACACAGUUGCUGGGAGUGUCAGUGGCCCACGUGCUCCGGAGCAGACAAGACAUCAGAAGUCUGAGCGCCACUGGGGAGGGUGUGGCACCGUUUCCUACUGCCCUCCUCUCACACUUUCCACCGGAUCCAGCUUCAGUCCCUGACUCGCUUGCUGACGUCACACCAGGACCGGUUUGGUCCCCGUGGCCUCACACCAAGCUGCUCAGGGGCAGCUCCGGAGAGCACUCGAUUGCGAGGACCACUUCCUCCUGUCUCUUCAGUCUCUAUGUGAAGUGUGUGGUCUUGAGAAGACUUGACAUACAAGACAGAAAACCUGAGACAGUGGCCAAGAGUGAGGAUAUGGGCACCUUCUAAGAACCCCAGAAGGGUGUCGCGGGCUUCUGCUCACCUUGCUGAGACAUUCCAGCACAAGGCAGAAGGGAGCCACACUGUCUUUCAGUCCAGUCUAUCUAUCUCCUGGGAGCCCUGAGCAGCUACUCUGUCAGCCCGAGGGAAGGUUCUAGAAGAGACCGUGGCUGUCCCCUGGGAGAUUCAUGGGCCAGAAAAGGAGCCUCAAGGAGUGGCCAGGGGCCACACACACACCAUGCUGCAGUGCAGACCACCCCAGGAGUUCAGCUUCGGGCCCCGGGCCCUGAAGGAUGCCCUGAUCUCCUGCGAUCUGGCCCUGCAGCAGCUUUACACCUCAGCCUUCUCCCCAUCGGAGAGGCUUUUCCUGUCUGAGGCCUACAACCCUCACCGGACCCUCUUCAGCACACUGCUCAUCCACUCGGCCUUUGACUGGCUCCUGAGUCGCCCAGAGGCCCCUGAGGAUUUCGAGACCUUCCAUGCUUCCCUGCAACUCCGGAAGCAGAGCCUGGCCCGGAAACACAUUUACCUGCAGCCCAUAGAUCUGAGUGAGGGGCUGGCGGGAUGCCCCCUGCUGGACCACCUUCAAAGCUGUGCGGAGGCUUUCUUUCUGGGCCUUCGAGUCAAGUGCCUGCCCUCAGUGGCCGCCGCCUCCAUCCACUGCUCCUCAAGACCCAGUCAGGAUGCUGAUGGGUUCCAGCUCCACACAGAUGGCAUCCUGUCCUUCUUGAAGAACAACAAGCCAGGGGACGCACUGUGCGUGUUGGGUCUCACGCUGGCUGACUUGUACCCCCAUGAUGCCUGGACCUUCACCUUUGGCAGGUUCCUUCCGGGGCAUGAAGUGGGUGUGUGCAGCUUCGCUCGAUUCUCUGGGGAGUUUCUGCAGGCCGGGCCCAGUGUUCCUGACCCAGCUCUGCUGGAGGCAGCUGCAGAUGGCCCUGAGACACUGCCACACGAGGGAGGCCGGACCAUAUGCUUCAGUGCUCUGGGCAUGGUUCAGUGCUGUAAGGUUACCUGCCAUGAGCUGUGCCACCUCCUGGGCCUAGGGAGCUGUCGUUGGCUCCGCUGCCUCCUGCAAGGGGCACUUAGCCUGGAUGAGGCCAUAAGGCGUCCCCUGGACCUCUGUCCCAUCUGCCUGCGGAAACUGCAACACCUCCUGGGCUUCAGGCUCCUGGAGAGGUACAAGAGACUCCAGACUUGGACCCGAGUGACAGUGGAGAUGUGGUCUGGACAAGAGACUGGGGAACCAUCUGUGUCAGAGGAAACCCUGCCCUUCAGUGCUGACUCAGGCGUGGGCUGUGAGAGUGACACAGAGCCUGUGACCAGCCCAUCGGAGCCUGUCACCCCUGACGCAUGGAGUCAUGCCUUCCCCGAUGGGCCUGAACCAGGGUCUGAGGAUGGGCUGAGCUCUCUGGUGGCCUCAGAAGUGUUGCUGAGACUCGGGGGCCCCGUGGAGGCCAUUGAGGAGUAUGGACGGUGGCUGGAUGCAUGCAUCCAGGCCCUGGAGAGGGAAGUGGCUGAAGAGGAGUUGGCCCAGGUCGAUGCAGCUGUGGACGCCCUAGGCCGGUGGGAGAUGUUCACAGGACAGCUCCCCGUCACCAGGCAGCACCUGCCCUGUGUCAAGGAUAAUGUGGGGCUGCGCAGAGUCCUGGGGGACAAGUUCUUUUCCCUGAGGCGGCGGCUGAGCUCUCGAAGACUUGCCAAGGCCAGUUCUUCCCACUGCCGCUGGGGGGUGGAGAAUUAAUGCAGCGAGAGGGACCAUCUGAAAAAGUGAAGUCAGCUCCUGGGAUUUUUUCCUGAAGAUACCAACCAACCAUGCCUGCCCAGUGACUGAGGGUACUCUGGUAUCUUUAGGAUUAAAAGAAAUGUCCCCAGAAG